UACAAGACAGUAAAAAUAGAUGCAGAUAUGGUGCACCCCAUGGAGAAUGCACACAGACACAACUAAAGCUUCCUCACAAACGGCCAGGUUAGCAGCAGACCAUCAGCAAUGGUAGAACAUUGCCACGGCCCAUUCAUAGGAUUGUCACUGACAUCGCUAGCAUUGCUUAUAUCUAUGUGUUUAAAUAUCCUUCUGUAUUUGCUGAGAAGAAGAGAGAGACAAAACAAAGCUGUGGAAGAGCCAGUUUUCCAAGAUUUCUGUCUAAGUGACAGGUAUGAGAAUGAGGAAGAAGAGUUAAAUCAAGACAAUCCUAUUUAUGGGAACAUCCAUGUAGAUGGAGCAGGACCUUUGAGGAUGGUUGCAGAUGUCUGCUAUGAACGUAUGACAAAGCAAUGCAUGAGACAAGAUGAGAAGGCUGAGCUAACAGACAUCUCAUAUGCCUCUCUGGACUUAAGUGUCAAUCAGAAGCAGAAGAAAAAGAGGAAGUACCCGCAGAAACAGAACUUAACACAUCAGGCCCAGACACAUUCUCAACCCAUAGCCCAGCAAAGCAGCCUGGAGAUGGGCACGGACACCGAGGCAACCCUCCCUUCACGCACGGCCAGCCUAAUGGCAUCCCGCCACAGCAUCUACCUCAACAGCCAUCAGGUAGCCCUGGAAACAGAAGAUCGAGAACGACAGAGGGAACGAAUGAGAGAAAGAAAACACAAUCGCGUGAGAGGGAUGGAGGCAAUGAAUUUGCCUUACGACUUUGAGCUUGGCUUUGGCCAAUCGGAUCCAAGCCAUGAACAAGACAGCUAAAGACAAAAAUAAGCGUAAAAGUGAAAAUCUGUCCUAUUUUUGGAUGUCGGAGGUGAGUGAAAAUAUUAUGCAAAAAUAAUUUGAAUAAGCCAUUAAUUUCUUUUAUUAUUUAAACAUUUAAAGUGAUCGAAACAAGUAAAUACAAAUAGCACAGCAUACAAUUCAUAUAUAAAUUAAGUGAAUGGGUUUCUGCAGCUCCUUUGUGUCUCUGCCAUCAGCUUUUUGUGAUCUCGAAAAAGAGCUUGCACAAUAUUAUGCACUAAAUGGCAAUAAGAGGAUAUUGCAUAAGCUUGUUGUCCGCCUUGAUUAUACCGUGGAAAUCACCUUGAAAUGCAUAUUUUCCAUAAACAAAUUGGUCCCUGUAAUAAUAAGGGUUGCACACAGUCAUUAUUAAAUGAACAAAGUGUAUUGACAUGUUUGUGAGUGGGCCUAUGAAAAUAUAUACAUCAUUCCAAGGCUAUAUUUGAACACGUGCUGGUGGAACUGGUAAAGUCUGAUGUUAAAAGAGAAUUUGUGAAUGGGUUCAAGACAGUGCAGAGUACAGAUUAAGUUUGAAAUAGUCUACUUUUAUAUUUAAUUUACUACAUAGUUUUCAAUCAUGUCAUUCUAAUGCAUAUUUGAAAUUCAUAUGUUUGUUAUAUUUAAAAAUAAAUG